CAGCUCUUUUUCUUCUUCUUCUUCACCUUCUCUCCGAUUUGUUCCGUCGCUUCCGCCAUGUCGUCGUAUGAUCCGCCGAUUCACCGACACUCUGCCGUAGUAUUGUUUCUCCUUCUGCUUGGUUUUUCUGUAGCGGCGGCCGACGAUGUGUCCUGGACCGACGACUCCGGCGGCCUCGAGUCUCCUGGCUGUUCCAAUAAGUUCCAAAUGGUUAAGGUCUUAAAUUGGAUUGAUGGGGUUAAAGGAGACUUCUAUACUGGCUUAACUGCGCAAUUUGGAGCACCGGUGCCUUCUGAUGCUGAUCAUAGUGUCAGACUUCCGGCUGCUUUUGUAGAUCCUUUGGACUCUUGUUCCAGUCUCUCGUCCAGGUUUGAUGGACAUAUUGCCUUGUCUAUCCGUGGCAAUUGCGCUUUCACAGAGAAAGCAAAACAUGCUGAGGCAGCUGGUGCUUCUGCUCUGUUGGUUAUUAAUGACAAAGAAGAUCUUGAUGAGAUGGGGUGUAUGGAAAAGGACACCUCUCUAAAUGUGAGCAUACCUGUCUUAAUGAUCUCUAAGUCAAGCGGGGAUGCUCUCAACAAAUCUAUGGUAGAAAAAAAGAUAGUUGAGCUUUUGUUGUAUGCUCCAAAGCGUCCUGUCGUGGACCUGACAGCUGGAUUGUUAUUGCUCAUGGCUGUUGGAACUGUUGUUGUUGCAUCACUAUGGUCAGAUCUUACAGAUCCUGACCAAGCUAAUGAAUCUUACAGCAUAUUAGCGAAGGAAUUUUCUAGUGCUGGGACCAAAAAAGAUGACCCAGAGAAGGAAAUCCUUGAUAUAAGUGUCACUGGUGCUGUAUUUUUUAUUGUGACAGCCUCAAUUUUUCUGCUGCUCCUUUUCUACUUCAUGUCAUCAUGGUUUGUAUGGGUGCUCACCAUAUUUUUCUGCAUCGGCGGCAUGCAGGGUAUGCAUAACAUUAUUACGGCAGUUAUAUUGAGAACAUGUAGAAAUCUUGGUCGGAAAUCGGUGAAUCUCCCUUUGCUUGGGACAAUGUCAGUGAUGUCGCUUUUAGUGAACAUUUUCUGUUUGGCAUUUGCUGUUUUCUGGUUCGUAAAACGGCACACAUCGUAUUCUUGGGUUGGCCAAGAUAUUUUGGGCAUAUGUUUGAUGAUCACGGCCUUGCAAGUGGUUCGAUUACCUAACAUCAAGGUUGCUACUGUACUUCUUUGCUGCGCGUUUGUCUAUGACAUUUUCUGGGUCUUCAUAUCACCACUGAUUUUUCACGAAAGCGUUAUGAUUGUGGUUGCCCAAGGAGACAGCAGCAGUGGGGAGUCCAUUCCAAUGCUACUAAGGAUUCCUCGGUUCUUUGACCCUUGGGGAGGGUAUGACAUGAUUGGUUUUGGGGACAUCCUCUUCCCCGGUUUGCUCAUUUCCUUUGCUUCCAGAUAUGACAAGAUAAAAAAGAGGGUAGUAUUAAAUGGGUACUUCCUUUGGUUGACUAUCGGCUAUGGAAUAGGUCUGUUACUGACAUAUCUAGGUCUGUAUCUUAUGGACGGACAUGGCCAGCCUGCGCUAUUAUACAUUGUUCCCUGUACACUCGGUUUGGCCGUCAUACUGGGGUUGGUAAGAGGUGAGCUUAAAGAACUAUGGAAUUACGGUAUCGAAGAAUCAGAAUCUCACACACUGGAGGAUCCAAGGCCUGCGGCAUAAUAACAUGAUUCAACAAUCUAAUGGUGUGUGAUAUACCAAACCAGAUUAGCUAUUCCCCAAACAUCGAGCCAAGCGUAUCUGUGCACAAAAGCUGAUGUAAGUUUUCUGCAAAGUCAAAGUUAAUCGGAUAGAAAAUGUAAUGCAAAGCACAUCGGAAAGUUUACGAUAUCGUAUUUUUCUUGUUUUGGGGGAAGAAGAAAGAAAGGUUAUGUACAGAGUCUAUAUAAUGUAACCUUCUCUUGGAUUCAGACUCACGUUUCCGCAGUAACCUUCAUUUUGUAGUAUUUCAAACUAUAAUGCAAAUUUUCCUUAUUGUUAAUUCUU